AUGGCUAUUCCCAACGGAACAGAGCCACCCAAUUUCGGCAGAGAAGAACUCGAAUCGCGGUUCAAUUCAGUCAUGACGCUGUUCCGCUCUGAAGCUCCACGCUCCCACGUGGAGAAGGCUGCUGCGGCGCUGCUCCUGGAACCCAGACUGGAUUCUAGAAAACAAUCCGUCCUACAUUCUUUGCUUCUUGAUAGCCCGGAAGGCUACGUUGAACACGCGGAAGAAGCGCUUCGGCAUGCCGACCUAGUCAUGCUCGCGAUGUCGAUCCUCCACCCUGGCAUGUCGGAUGAUGCGCAGCCACUGAUCACCAUAUUGGAGAUGUCCCUGGAGAAAGCGCGUCGCUGCAAGGCCAUCGUCGACCGCGCGUUAAAGGAGAAAGUGGUCGACACAGAAGUCAUGAUGGAUCUCCUCGCCCAUGAGGAUGAACUGCAGCUCUUCCUCAAGCGAUACAUCGCUGCCAUGGACGCCGCUCACGGACCUCCCCGAACCGCGCCCAAGGAUGACGUCUCUCUCGAUGGAGCGCCUGCUUAUGAUCCCGAGACGAGCUUGCUGCUCAGCCGUCUCUCGGCUCGUCUGCGAUUCGCCAAAGAAGCUACGGAAGCCGCUUCCGAGGAUCCUGACCCAGAGGAUGCUACUACUCCCGAGAACACUACCCCCAAAGUCCAAGAGACCAGCGGCAAUACUCCUGAUGCGGCGAUCAAGUCAGAGCUUAUCUAA